AUGAUUGCAACCAUUACCGACGACGACUACGAGGUCCUCGACCAAUACCACUCUCAACCCCGCAAGCUCAAGAUCAUCCACGUCGGGGCUGGCGCUUCGGGCCUGUUGCUGGCAUACAAGGCUGAGAGGCAACUCCGCAACUAUGAACUGAUAUGCUAUGAGAAAAAUCCAAGUAUCGGCGGCACAUGGUGGGAGAACAGAUACCCCGGGUGUGCGUGCGACAUCCCCGCCCACACCUACACCUACACCUUCCGCCCCAACCCAGAGUGGUCGGGCUUCUACUCGCGCUCCGACGAGAUCCAGACAUACUUUGAAAAGUUUUACGACGAGUACAAGCUGGACCGGUACGUGCGGCUGAACACCGAGGUCGUGAGCGCGACCUGGUUCGAGGACAGCGGCGAGUGGGAGGUUGAGCUCAAAAACGCAGAUGGCACCUUCACGGACCGCUGCCACGUGCUGAUUAACGGCUCCGGCGUCGUCAACAAGUGGAAAUGGCCGGCCAUCGAGGGCAUUUCGUCGUACAAGGGCAUCCUCGCCCACAGCGCCAACUGGGACACGUCAAUCGACUGGCAGGGCAAGAAGGUGGCCGUGCUGGGAACGGGAUCGAGCUCGAUUCAGAUGGUGCCGCAUCUCGCCAAAGGAGCUGAAUCCUUGACCGUCUUCGCCCGCAACAUGACCUACAUCGCCCCGCAGGUCGCGUCGGACGCCCAGAAGAUCGACGAGAACUCGCAACCGGCCGCUGCGGUUGGGAAGCACUACUACAUCGAGGCCGAGAAGCAGCGGUUCCGCACCGACGCCGAGUUCCACCUGCAGUACCGCAAGCGGCUCGAGUCGGCGCUGACCGAGAUGUUCCCCAUGUUCCUGCGCGGGACCAAGCUGAACGUGCAGGCGCGCGAGUCGAUGCGGGCGAGCAUGCUGGCCAAGAUCGGCGAGGGCCACGACGAGCUCAAGCAGCGCUUCAUCCCGCAGUGGUCGCCGGGCUGUCGUCGCUUGACCCCGGGCGAGGGCUACCUCGAGACGCUGGUCCAGGACCACGUGCGCGUCGUGCACGACGAGAUUGUGCGCUUCACCGAGACGGGCCUCGUCACCGCCAGCGGCGAGCAACUCGAAUUCGACCUGAUCGCGUGCGCCACGGGCUUUGACAUUGCCUACACGCCGCACUUUCGCAUCACGGGCGUCGACGGCGCCGUCAUGCAGGACGAGUGGAAGGAGACGCCCAACAUCUACCUCAGCAUCGCCGCGCCAAAGUUUCCCAAUUACUUUGUCGUGAAUGGGCCGACGGGGAAUUGGGGCCAGGGAUGUGCUCUGCCUUCGCACGAAGUCCAACUCGAAUACGCCAUCCAAUGCUGCCGCAAGAUGCAGGAAGAAGGCAUCCGGGCCAUGGAACCGCGCCAGGGUCCCACCACCCAGAUAAACCGCCACCUGGACGCGUGGCACAAAAAGUACAGCGUGUGGGCCGAGGAGUGCCGCUCGUGGUACAAGGACAACAAGCCCGACGGCCGCGUCUACAUCUGGCCCGGUAGCCUGCUGCACCACCUCAAGACGCUGCGCGUCCCGCGCUACGAGCACUACGACCUGCGGUACGACGACCCGGACAACAUCUGGGCGUUUUUGGGCAACGGGCGCACCGAUCUCGAGGUCGCGCACGAUCAGGGCCAGAACGUCGAUUUGGCCCCGUAUAUUCGCAACGACGAUACGCCGUGGUCGUUGGAUUUGCCUUUGUCCGUGCCUCUGCCGGGGGCGCCAGAGGAGCAGACAGAGAAGGCGAAGGAUGCCGCGGUGGUUCAAUAA